AACAUAAUGUCCUAUAGCUGGUAAGGCUGGUGAUAAGGAAAAAAAUCUCUGGUGAGAAACCCUCCUCAUCACUGGGUGCCCUGGAGUUCACUGGAUGUCUCUGGGCUCCAGUUCCUGCCAGCUUGGGUAGGAAGGAGGGGGGCAAGAAGUGAAGGAGGAGGUUAAAACAGCUGUUCAUGGGCCCUGGGACUGUGUUGCUGAAGGGCAGCAAAAGAAGAACUUGGGAUAGGGCCAAAGGGCACAGAAGGCUUUCUGGGGCACGCCACCAAGUGAGGGCAUUUCUAGGCACAGCCUGAGCCUGGCAGGUAGGCUCCUGGCUCCCUGCUGGUAGCCACUCUGGAAGUCCUAGGAAGACCUGUCCCCUCCCUGGGUUGGCCAGCACAGCAGUUGGGGAUACAGGGCCAGAUUCUCAGUGGGCUCUGGAGCUGAAUGCCCUGAGGUAUCCCAAGGAGACCCCUAUGUGCCUAGCCACCCCAGUGUAUCGCCCUCUUAGGCACCAGAACCAGCCCAGGACGUUGCUAUGGGCUUCCUGCUCCAGCUGCUCAUCUUCGCCUCCAUCCUUCCCCCAGGCCAGCCCUCGUGGGGUGUCUCCAGUCCAGAAGGUGUGCAGGGUGUGAAGGGGUCUUGCCUGCUCAUCCCCUGCACAUUCAGCUUUCCUGCCAAUGUGGAGGUGCCCAGUGGCAUCACUGCCAUCUGGUACUAUGACUACUCAGGCAGUCGGCAAGUGGUGAGCCACUCAGCCAGCCCUGAGUUGGUGGAGUCUCGCUUCCGUGGCCGUGCUCAGCUGCUCGGAGACAUGAACCACAGAACAUGCAGCCUGCUGCUGAGUGACCUGCAGGCUGAGGACACCGGCGCUUACAACUUCCGCUUCGAGAUCAGCGAGGGCAACCGCUGGUCAGACGUCAAAGGCACCUUGGUCACCGUGACAGAGGAGCCCCAUGCGCCCACCAUUACCUCCCCCAAAGAGCUUCGAGAGGGCACAGAGGUGACCUUCAACUGUUCCACAGCCUACGUGUGUCUGCAGAAGCCGGUCAGCCUGCAGUGGCAGGGCCAGGACCCGACUCGUUCUGUCACCUCCAUUAUCCAGAAACUCGACCCUACGGGUGGUGUCAGCCACAUGAAGACCCUCCACAUGACCCUGUCCUGGCAGGACCAUGGACAGACCCUGCUCUGUCAGCUCUCAGUGGCUGACCACAGGAGUCAGGGCCAGGUCCACCUCCGUGUGCAGCAUGCCCCCAAGAGUGUGGAGAUCCUCCUCAGCCCCUCGGGGCAGAACAUCCUUCCAGGGAAUCUGGUCACACUCACUUGCCAAGUGAACAGCAGCUACCCUGUUGUAGACUCCGUGCAGUGGCUCAAGGACGGGGUGCCCCUCAAAGCCAAUAGCCGCAUGCUGCAGUUGUCCCAGGCGGCCUGGAAUGAUUCCGGUGUCUACACCUGCCAAGCUGGGAAUACAGUGGGCUUUUUGGUCUCACCACCUAUCAGCCUCCAUGUCUUCAUGGCCAAGGUUGAAGUGAGUCCAUCAGGCCCCAUCCUGGAGAACCAGACCGUGAUGCUGUCCUGCGACACACCCAAGGAGGCACCCAGUGAGCUCAGCUACAGCUGGUACAAGAACCAGGUCCUGCUGGAGGAUGCCCACACCCCCACCCUCUGGCUGCAUGUGGCCACCAGGGCCGAUACUGGCUUCUACUCCUGCGAGGUGCAGAACACCCAGGGCAGUGUGCGCUCUGGCCCCGUCAGUGUGGUGGUCAGCCACCCUCCCCUUGUCCCGGACCUGAGUGCCUUCCUAGAGACGCAGGCCAGGCUCGUGGGCAUCCUCCAGUGCUCCGUGGUCAGUGAGCCUCUGGCCACACUGGUGCUGUCCCACGCGGACCUCAUCAUGGCCUCUAGCUCUGGAGAGAGGAACUACAGCCCCCGCUUCACCGUCUUCUCUGCUCCCAACUUCCUGCGCCUAGAGAUUCGUGAUCUGCAGGCAGCUGACAGUGGGGAAUACAAGUGCACAGCUGCCAACUCCCUUGGAAAUGCAACCUCCACCCUGGACUUCCAUGCCAGCGCUGCCCGGCUCCUCAUCAGCCCAUCGGCCGAGGUGGUGGAAGGGCAAGCGGUGACUCUGAGCUGCAGGAGCGGCCUGAGCCCAGGGCCCGACACCCGCUUCUCCUGGUACCGGAACGGAGCACUGCUUCUCGAGGGACCCGGCAGCAACCUCCUGCUCCCCGCGGUCUCCAGCACUGAUGCUGGCUCUUACCACUGCCGUGCCCAAGACGGACACAGCGCCAGCGGCCCCUCAGUGCCCACUGUCCUCACUGUGUUCUACCCCCCCCACCAGCUCACACUCACUGCCCAGCUGGAACUGCAUGCCCCUGGUGCUGAGGCUGGGCGCCGUGGCCUCUUGCUGUGCCGUGUGGACAGCGACCCACCUGCCCAUCUACGGCUGCUCCACAGAGAGCAUGUAGUGGCCACAUCAUCAGAGGGUGGCUGCUGUACAUGUCAAGGUUGCUCCCCACGCACAAAGGUCACCAACAUGCCCAACCUGCUGCGGGUGGAGAUUCACAACCCAGUGCUGGAGGAUGAGGGCGUGUACCUGUGUGAGGCCAGUAACACCCUGGGCAACGCCUCUGCCUCGGCCACCUUCAACGCCCAGGCCACCGUCCUGGUCAUCACCCCAUCCAACUCGCUGCAGGAGGGCACAGAGGCCAACCUGACUUGCAGUGUGAGCCAGGAAGCCGCCAGCAGCCCUGCCAACUUCUCCUGGUUCCGGAAUGGGGUGCUGUGGGCUCAGGGCCCCCGGGAGACUGUGAGGCUACCAUCUGUGGCCAGGACCGACUCUGCCCUGUACACCUGUCACUUCAUCACCAAAGCCAGCACCCAGCCCUCAGCGCCUGUGGUCCUGAGUGUGCUCUAUCCCCCAGACCCUCCAAAGCUGUCAGCCCUCCUGGACAUGGGCCAGGGCCACACAGCCAUGUUCAUCUGCACUGUGGACAGCCAUCCCCUGGCUCAGCUGUCCCUGUUCCAUGGGGAGCAACUCCUGGCCACCAGCCAUGGACCCCAGCUCUCAUCCCAUGGUAGGCUCCAGACCAAGGCCACCACCAACUCCCUGCAGCUGGAGGUCCGAGAACUAGCCCUUGGGGACUCUGGUCAGUACCACUGCGAGGCUAUAAAUGUUCUGGGAUCAGCCAACACUUCACUCUUUUUCCACGUCCGAGGAGCCUGGGUCCAGGUCUCACCAUCCCCUGAGCUCCAGGCAGGCCAGGCCGUGGUCCUGCACUGUCAGGUGCCCACGGGGGUCCCCGAGGAGGCCUCGUACCUCUGGUUUCGGGAUGGCCAGGCCCUCCACGAGUCAACCUCAGCCACGCUGUGCAUUGCAGCCAUAACUCCGAAGCAAGCUGGUGCCUACCAUUGCCAAGUUCAGGCCUCAGGCUCAGCCACCAGCCUGGCUGCCCCCAUCAGCCUGCAUGUGUCCUAUGCCCCACAGCAGGCCACACUCACCACCCUGAUGGACAUGGGCCCAGGACGACUGGGCCUCAUCCUGUGCCAUGUGGACAGUGACCCUCCAGCCCAGCUGCGGCUGCUCCACGGAGACCACCUGGUGGCCUCUACCCUGCAAGCUGUGGGGGAAGAUGCAGGCAGCGAUGCCCGGCUACGGGUGUCCAUGACCCCCAACACACUUCGGCUGGAGAUCCACAACACAGUGCUGGAAGACGAGGGCGUCUACACCUGUGAGGCCACCAACACCCUGGGGCAGGCCUCAGCUUCAGCUGACUUUGAUGCCCAGGCUGUGAGUGUGCAGGUGUGGCCCAAAGCCACCGUGAAGGAGGGGCAGCAAGUGAACCUUACCUGCCUCGUGUGGGCCACCCACCUGGCUCAGCUCACCUACAUAUGGUAUCAGGACGGGCAGAAACGCCCAGGUGCCCGCUCCAUCUCCCUGCCCAACGUCACACUUAUUGAUGCUGCCUCCUAUCGCUGUAGUGUGGGGUCCCCUGGACAGGCACCCCGCCUCUCCACACCUGUCACCCUGGAUGUCCUCUAUGCUCCCCGCAGCCUACGCCUGACCUACCUCUUGGACAGCCAUGGUGGCGGGCAGCUGGCCUUGGUGCUGUGCACAGUGGACAGCCGUCCACCUGCCCAGAUGGCCCUCAGCCGCGCUGGCCGCCUCCUGGCCUCCUCAUCCACAGCCUCUGUCCCCAACACCCUGCGCCUGGAGCUGCAGGAGCCGCGGCCCAGUGACGAAGGGCUGUACUGCUGCUCAGCCCACAGCCCUCUGGGCCAGACCAACACUUCCCUGGAGCUGCGGCUGGAGGGUGUACGGGUGACACUGGCUCCAUCAGCUGCUAUCCCUGAGGGAACCUCCGUCACAGUGACCUGUGAGGACCCUGCUGCACGCCCACCCAUACUUUAUUCCUGGUACCACAAUGGCCGUUGGCUGCAGGAAGGGACAGCUGCCUCACUUAAGUUCCUGAGGGCCACACGGGCUCACACGGGUGCCUACUCCUGUCAGGUCCAUGAUGCCCAGGGCACACGCACCUCCCGGCUGGCCUCCUUGCAAGUCCUCUAUCCUCCCCGAGAUGCUGUCCUUUCUUCCUUCCGCGACUCCAGAACCAGCCCCAUGGCCAUGGUACAGUGCACUGUGGACAGUGAGCCACCUGCUGAGCUAGCUCUGUCCUACAAUGGCACAGUGCUAGCCACCAGCCAUGGACUCCAUGACUCAGUAUCUGAGACUGGUGACAUCCAGGUGGCCCGCAAUGCCCUGCGGCUGCAGGUGCCAGAUAUGCCUGCAGAUGAUGACAACACCUAUGUUUGCAUGGCCCAAAAUUUGCUGGGCUCAGUCAGUACCACCUGGAAGCUACAGGUGGAGGGUGUGCGCGUGGUGGCUGAGCCAGGCCUGGAGGUGCCUGAGGGCACCGCGCUGAACCUGAGCUGCCACCUCCCUCAUUCUCCUGGGCUCAUGGGCAACUCCACCUUCACAUGGUUCCAGAACGGCCGGCCACUGCACACACAUCCCAUGCCCACUCUGACCUUCAGCCAUGUGGGCCGUGCCCAGUCUGGGCUGUACCACUGCCAAGCAGAGCUGCCCUCUGGAGCCUCGGCCUCUGCUCCAGUCAUGCUCCGAGUGCUCUACCCGCCCACGACGCCCACCAUGACAGUCUUUGUGGAGCCUAAGGGUGGCCUCCGGGGGAUCCUGGACUGCCGAGUGGACAGCCAGCCCCUGGCCAGCCUGACCCUCCACCUCGGGAGCAGACUGGUGGCCUCCAGCCAGCUGCAGGGUGCUCCCACAGGGUCGCACAUCCAUGUCUCAGCCUCCCCUAAUGCCCUGAGGGUGGACAUGGAGGCUCUAAGGCCCAGAGACCAGGGGGAAUAUGUGUGUUCUGCCUCCAAUGGCCUGGGCUCUGCUUCUGCCUCUGCCUACUUUGGGGUUUCAGCCCUGCACCAGCUGCAUUUGUUCCAGUGGCUCCUUUGGGUGCUGGGACUACUGGCUGCCUUCCUGUGCUUGCUGUUAGGCCUGGGGGCCUACUAUGUCUGGAGGAAGCGUUCUCAAAAUUUGAACACAGGCAGGAAUUUGUUGGAGAUGGACUUCCCCAAUGGACACCAUGCAGGAGGAGAAGGAGGAGGAGACUGACAAACGAGGCACCAUGAAGCAGGCAGCUCUGAGUCCUGCCUACCUCUUCACAAGCAGCAUGGUGACUUCUGACUUUUGAAGAUUUGACUCCAAGCCUUUUGCCCCCAAGAAAAAUGGGUGGUGAGAGGUGGGGGAAGCCUUUAUUUACCCAGGAGGGUGCUGACUCAAAGGGACCCUCAACAGAACUGAGUUGAUCUUGUCAUCCACUUUUCUCUCUGCUUCUAUCUUUUCUCUGGAUCUCCUCUUCUCUCUCCGUCUCUCUUCCAAAGGAGGCACUGACCCUGAACAUCUUUCUCCUCAAACCACAUGCCAGACCUUUGGAUGAUUAGAAUAGAAGGGUGUCUGUGUCCUCAUAGCUUUGCCAGGGAGACCAAAUACAGUGGCUUCAACAUGAUAGAAUUUUAUUUUUCUUUCUACUACUAGUCUGGAUAUGCUAUGGCGGUGUAAGCUGUUGGGGCUAAGGCUCCUUCUAUCUUACUUUUCUCCAUCCCUAAAAUAUUGCCUUUGAUAGUGAGAUUCACAAUGGCCCCACUUCCCUCCAUUCAGAAGAGGGCAGAAUGAAAGUGGAAGGAAGGUACAUCCAUUCCCAUUGUGCACACAACCCAGAAGGUGCAUAAGUCAGUUCCACUCCCUUCCCCUUAGCUGGAGUUUGCUCACGUGGCCACACCAACCUAUAAAGGAGACUGGAAAUGACGUUUUUAUUCUGAGCCCAGAAUCUAUUUGGAAGUUCUGUUUCCAAAGGGCUAUGGAGUCGAACCUGGGACCUUGACAUUGACAGGAAUGCCAUUGCCAGGCCAUGACCUGUCUCAGUAUCCCUGGCCUUUCUGGUCUGGGCUUUCUGGAAGAGAUAGUAAGUCCCUCCCACACAGUAACACUAAGGAAACCAAGAAGCUUGGUGGUCCCCAGGGUGAGGGCCUGAUCAUUGGGCCAGACCUGUCCCUUGGAAGAAAAGGUGCCCUAUAUCCAUGCUCUCCACCUCCACCCCAGGAGCUGGGCCCAGCUUUAACAGCCUUUCAAAUGUGAAGAACAAACACAAAUGUGCUUAGCAUCCCUGGUCUUGCUCUGAGUGCAUCCUUCUCCAGGAUGGAAUGAGAUCCUGUCAUUUUCCUGGAUUUCCACAAAACAAGGGCUGUUAAAGCAAAUGAGGGUAACCAAGAAGGAAUAAAGUACUCCUGGGAAAUCAGGGACUGGGGGAGCUGGUUCUUGAGUGGCUGGUGACUCACCUUGUAGCCUGGUAGCAGAUGAUGGGAGAAGCAAAGGGCCUGCAGCUCUCAGAUCUGGUCUGAGAAACAGGGAAAGUAAUGGGGCAUUGGUAUAGGAGCUAACAGGCUGAGAAGAAAUUGGAGGCCAGGUGAGCAUUGUGUAGCUGAGGCUUCACCCUCCCUCAUUCCGAUUCCCAUUUCUCGUUAUGCCUGAUUGCCACACUCCUCCUGGAGCCUGUCCAGCAUGUCCUUCCAAUAAACUUCCAUCCUAUGAUGCAA